AUGGCCCAGUCCGCUUACGGUGGGGGCCAUGUUGCUGGUCAUCGCCACCAGGCCUCGGCUCAGCCCAGUGUUGUGCCGCAUGGAUCCUUCUGCCCAGGGGCCGAACGCGCCUUGUGCGCGCCUGCUUCCCUGCGCGUUCUGGCGGGCGCAGCCACGAGCUCGCUGCGCCUUCUCCGCGCGGUCCCGAGCGGUGUAGUGAAUAAAUAUGAACUCAGUGGACUUCAGGGCUGGAUCAUUACUCACGUGCUUUGGUUUGCGAAUGCCUAUGACUUCCACUUCUUCUGCCCCACCAUCAUUUUUGACAACUGGAUUCCUCUGCUGUGGUGUGCCAAUAUCCUGCGAUCUCCACUUUCCACAUUUGCAAUGAUUAAAGGCUCCUUCUUCCCUACCAAUGCCGAAGACUGCAAAUUCACUGGCAACUUGUUUUACUACAUGCUGGGCAUUGACUUUAACCCUGGAAUAGGAAGGUGGUUUGAUUUCCAGCUCUUCUUCAAUGGGCGCCAUGGGAUUGUAGCCUGGACUCUCCUUUCCUCUGCUGCCAAAGUACAGGAGCUGCAUGGCCAAGUGACAAACUCCAUGAUCCUUGUCAAUGUCCUUCAGGGUUUGUCUUUGGUUUCCCAGCCUGUCCAGCUGGGCACAGCCAAUGCCGUGGGGGUGUUGAUGUUGGGCUGGAUUGGCUACCACAUCUUCCGAGUGACCAAGCACCAGAAGGACCUUUUCUGUCGUACAGAUGGGAACUGCAGGAUCUGGGGGAAGAAAGCCAAGGACAUCGAGUGCUCCUCCAUGUGUGUGGAUGGCACCAAGUAUUCCAGCAAGUUGAUGACCUGGAGAUUUUGGGGGUGGGCUCGUCCUUGCAACUCUGCAGGAGACCUGCUGGGCUCGCUGGCCUAUUGGCUGGCCUGUGGGUUUGCACACGUCUUGCCUUACUUCUGCAUCGUUUCUGUGACCAUUCUGCUCCCCCACCGCUGCGUUAGGGACGAGCACCGUUGUUCCAGCAAAUAUGGGAAGGACUGGAAGCACUACACUGCUACAGUGCCCUGCCAGCAUCAUCCCUGGGGUGUUUUAAAGCUGACACAGAAUCCAGGGAAAGGAAAAAAGACACUUUUUGGUUUGGUUUUUUCAUUAGUUUGUUUGGUUUUGCUUUUUUUUUUUGAGGUGAAUAGAGUUUAUUGACACCGGCAAACUAACCCCAAGGUUUUGUGAAGGACACACUCUGUAGUGUUCUGAAGGAGAAAAGGUGGCUGGACAAUUAUCCUUGUUGUAGUGAAGGAACAUGCAGGCAAUGCUGUGCUUAAAGUAAAUGAGUUGAGGCACUGAAAUGCCUCGUUUUUUUAGAAAAGUCUUUUACCUGGAAUUCCCCCCAUACUCCCUCAGCUCCCAAAUGCCCUUGGGGUUGACAAGUUGCAUGUAUCAAGAGUCCUGAAAUCCCCCAGAGCUGGGAGGUGGCCUUACCUUUCCGAGUAGCAGAGCUCUGGAAGCAGUUUCCAGAGACUUAGGAGAGGAGGCAAACAGUUCUGUGAUGUCUUUAUGAAAGAAGUUGUCUGCUGCAGUUGCUUGUGACAGUCAGAACCUACAGUCAGUAAGAAGCCCAAAGAAAGAUUUAUUUAUUUA